AAAGGUUUUUUUUUCCCGAUAUUAAAAUAAAAAUCCGAGAGAAAGAGAGGAAGAAGGAGAGAAUCUGAAGAAGCUGAAUCAUAACCGAAGCUCUGUUGAGAACCCCCUCCCCACACAGCGAGAGGGAGGUAAAAAUCCCUAACCACUCUCUCGUCUUCUUCCCCUCUCUCGUCUCCGGCGGCGUAAAAAAACACUCAAAAAAAUCUCAAUCGGAGAGAAGAGAGAGGUAAAUAAUAAUCAAAAGCCGAUACGGAAGUUGUGACAAAACGAUGUCGAAGAAGAAAGUGGCUGGUAGCACCAUGACACUUAAGGACUUCCAUGGUGGCUCUAUACCAUCUGAUCUCCCUCUCCCUUCUGCUCCUGGAGUGAUUCCGAAGAUUGCUACGGAUCGAGCUGUGUUUGACAGAGCGCCUUGGGGAACUUCAGGAGGCAGACCUGAUCAGAGGACAAGGCCGAGUUCGUCUCAUACUAUUAGAAAUUUUGAUGAUAAGUCACUGUUUCUGCCUCACACCGCAAACAUCGGACGCAAUUUCAACGAGGAUGAAAGGAAGCCUCUGGAUGGGCACUCCUCUCCUCGUAGAAUGUUCAGUGAUGAUAUUUUUCGGGUUUCACGUCCGGAGGUGAGAACAGACUCGGUUUUAGCUGGACGACAUGGUGGUUGGUCAGCAACGGCUGGUUCUUUCCCUGGGAAGAUUAAUGAUGUGACUGGUAAUGUUUGGACUGGGAGGAAGGAGGUUUCAGUGGCUAACAAUGAUCCGGGACAGUCCCCAUGGACUACGCAACCAGCUGUUUCUAAUUUGGUCCAUUCAAGUGCGAUUGACCAACUGUCUUCAGGUAGAUGGCAGUCCAAGCUUUUGGUUCCGUCUCAGAUGGAUUUUGAUGUUGUUAAGCAUUCAGAGAUAGAGAGCAGAGGUUACAAGACUAAUAGCCUUGUGCUUAAUCAAGGGGUUGAGCCACAUGGGGCACGUAUAGUACAGGGCUUGGUCGCUGAAGAUGGGAUCCAAGGUGGUAAAAAAGUUUCCCCUGAGUUUGAAAAAACCCCUGGUCCAACUUAUUUGGAUGUUAAGGAAGCGAGGACUGUAUCAAACAGCAGCAAUAAGCCUCAUCCAAAUUAUUCUGACGUUAGGCCUGCUGGACAUUUGGUGCAAUCAACUGCCCCGUCUGAAGUCGUGGAACGACCUAAGCUGAACCUGUUGCCUCGCACAAAACCUCUUGAUAACAUUAUUGAGAAGCCUGUGAAUGAUGGAAAACUGGAAAAUGGUGCUUCAAAUCUUAUUCAACGUGAUACUGUUUAUGCAACACAGAAAAGUAUGAACAUUUCAAAACCUGGUUUGUCUGCGGAUGAGAUUCCUAACCAGCCGAUUGAGCGCCCCAAAUUAAAUUUGAAGCCCGUGGCACAGUUGCUUGAGCAGCCAGAAGUUAAAACUGAAAAGGAAAGAAGUGCGGUUUUUGGCGGUGCCAGACCACGAGAACUGGUAUUGAAAGAGCGAGGCAUUGAUGAGAUCGACCAUAACAAAUUGGAGCAACCGACAGACAGGAUGGUCCCGAAACCGAUCGAAAGAGUUCCAGAGCAUGCAAUUCAAAGGCCAAUGAGUUCUCCCCGUGGCUUGAGAACAAGGAAAUUUGAGCAAAAGGACGGGAGAAAUGUAAGCGACAAUGCCAGAUCCGAAACUCAGAGGAGGAACUGGCGUGAAAAUGAAAACAAGAGCUCAAGACAGCAACAGCAGACUCAAGAGAAGACAAGACAUCCAUCACCAGAGACAUGGCGAAAACCGGUUCCCCAGAAACCUGAAUCGCCAGAUAGAACAGGGCUUCGUCAUGGGAAAGCCGCUUCUGCCCUUGAGCUAGCUCAAGCCUACUCUCCUUUCUCUGACCCUAAAUCCGGAAUUGGAAGCAGCAACAGUUUUAACACAAGCCGCAACAACCAGACGCAGCAGCAACCGUUCUCUCGGUUGGUAGGAUCAACAACAACAACAACAUCAAGAAAGAUUAAUGGCUACUGAGUUAUUGUUCGUUUGUUCUUUGAUAUAUGGUUUUAGUUCCGACUAAUUUGAUCUUGAUUUCUCGAGCACAUCUCAUGUGGUUUGUGGGAUCGUUUUGAGAGAGAUUUAAAUAUGAUAUGUUCCCUUAAAGAACGGGUCGGAUUACAUAUGCCAAACAUGGUUACAUUCUUCUUUGGUUAUACAUUUUUUCUUAACCGUUCCUGGGAAUGUUUGAGAAUUCUUGCA